UAUAGACGGUUACACUGGCUAGAAGUGUCUUAUUCACACGUUUAAACGUUAAGAUCUAGAACGCAUUAUUUACGAUUUAAAAUAUUUCUAUACGUUUCAUUUGCAAUGAAUUUAUUAAAAUGUACCGUCGGUUGCCGAUCACUAGUGCGUUUGGUGCACGAGAACUCAGAUCCGGAAUAUCCUCAGUAUACAAGCUUUUUAUCGAGGCUGAAAACAUUCGAUUCCCACGCGCCUCGAUCGCGUCAAGAUAAAUAUUCGCUGGCUGAAUGCGGAUUCACUUACACCGGAACGGGCGACUUGGUUCAAUGUCACUACUGCGGCAUAUUGUUGGGGCAGUGGGAGGAAAAUGAUGAAGUUUGGCAGCAACACGCCGUGCACAACCCUAAAUGUGUAUUCGUAUUAUUAUAUAAAGGCAUGGAAUUUAUUGAAAAUGUAAAAAAUGAACUAAAUAACAAAGGUAGUGAUAAUAGCGGCAUUCGAGUCUGUAGUUGUAAAACGGAACCGUAUGAUGUUGAUAAUAAUAAUAAUAAUAAUAAUAGUCGAGCCCAUAUAUGUAAAUCUGAAUCGUUUGAUGUAGUCGGGUGACCUGCAGCACCACCCAUGUUCAUUAUAACACAAUAACCUAUUUGAUAUAUGUAUAUAUGAUAUUUGUAUUGAAUAAACAUCAAAUUAUAUUAAACAAUUAAAUCGUGUUAGUAUUUGACUUGGUAUCCUGCUUGUAUGUAUGUAUGUAUGUAUGUACGUAUGUAUAUAUGA